GAAAUAGUCGAAUUACCUCAAAUACGUCUAGAUAUGUAUAAUUUCGAUUCACAAUUCUUCAGAAUAUACCUGAUACUCGAAUUCUAGAACCACAAAGCGCUAAGAUGUGGCGAAUGCGCAAAUCUACGCAACAGAUAUAAAUACAUUCAAGCAUUUCACAAGCUGUCAUGGAAUGCCCUUGAUUAAUUGGUCGACAUUCAUCGAGGACAAUAACAAACAAUUCCAUUUUAAGCUUUUUAUCUCUUUAUAUAGUCUAGGUUGUAGUUGUGUAUAUUCCAUAAUACCCCGGGUGACAUACUCCAUACUAGGUUAUGCCAUACGCGCGAUUGUUUCCACGCUUUGCAACGGCUCAGCGGAGGUCGCAGGGUGAAACAAUACGAUCUAUAGAGUCCUAAUUUUCAUUCUAUCAUUCAUUUCUACCACUCGAACAAUCAUCGGGAAAAAUGCAGCCAAAUUCCGUCAAUUUUUGAACAUGGAACUAAUUCGCGGACGCCGCUUUAACGGUGUGUGAACACUGAGGAUCUGGUUUAGUUAUCGCUUAGUUGCGAAAGUCGCAAACAGGCACAAGCGAGAGCCAACCAAGGGCAUAAGGCAAAGAUAUUUGAAGGCAGGCACAAAGGGAUAAAAAUAUAAGAAAGAAAAUGAAGACGAGAAUUGGAUUACUGACAGCAGUAUUGCUCUGCUGGUUGUCGGUGAGCACGUUUGCGAAAAACACGACGAGUAAUCAUACAGAACCGGAGGAGGAACAUCACUCGUCCACAGAAGAACUUCUCGAAGGUUUUUAUGAGAAAUAUUUCGAUAAAGAUGGCAAUAUGCCGGUGUCGCAGUUGUGUAAUUUCACCACAAAGUUGGGUGAAUGCAGCGCCAAGGCAGCUGAUGACGGCCAUGGUCACGGCCAUGGCAAUGAGAAAACUCAAGAGAAACUAGUCGAUAAUACGAAGGAGAAUGGAGAGGAACACCACGAAGAUGAAAAAGAUCAUGACGAGAAGGGGGGCAAAGAGGAAGGCCACGACGAGGAGGAAGGCCACGACGAGGAGGAGGGCCACGACGACGAGGAGGAGGGCCACGACGACGAGGAGGGCCACGAAGAAGGAAAGUGCGUGGGAGUCUACAAUGUUUUGAAGGACAAUAAUUACAACGAAACAAGUAGCAUAAGUAAAGAUGUAUUUAGCAAGCUCUGCCCAGCUUUGUACGCGUUAUUUGUCGAAGAAAUCAAUAAGUAUUCUCCUGAAGAAGCUGAGGAGGCCGAGCAUCAUAAGUUAUCCCAGGGUGAAGUAUGGGGUUAUGCAACAGUUGCUAUCACAAUAAUCAGUUUGAGCUCAUUGCUUGUUAUCGCGGUCAUACCUCUGUUGGGCAAAUCAUUCUACAACAAAAUUAUGUCCUUCUUGGUUGCUCUUGCCAUUGGGUGUUUGGCUGGCGACGCCCUUCUACAUCUUAUACCUCAUAGUCUUGUUCCUCACUCCGAACACGAUCACGACGAAGAGGCUGCGAAAGAAGACGAACAGGCUCUAUUUCGUGCUUUCAUUAUCUUUAUUGGCAUAUAUGUCUUCUUCAUUGUUGAAUGUUGUAUGAAGUUAAAACUGGCAAGCAGAAAAAAGCCUGACGCACGUAUACUCUACGGCGCUGGCAAACAGCAACUCCAACAAAUAGCCGCCGGCAACGAAUCAACGCAAUUAGCAACGGCCGUUGAAGCCGUACCGGAAGACCCAGAAAGUGCGGAACCGACAAGACAUUCUAUAAACAAGUUCAUUAUGGAAGUAACCAGCGGAAACAGACGUAGUAGCAGACAGGUGCGCGAUAGUUUAUGGAUGGCGUAUAUGGCCGCGAUUGAUGAUAAUGGCGAGCUACAGUCAUUUCCCGAGGAUGGUCCACAACAACCAGGUGUUCCGAAAGAACAUUAUAGAAGCAACCGUGAGAGUUACGCCGGAAGAAAAAUUGAGACACUCCGCGAAGAGGAUUCGAGGGAAGAUUUGCUUCCACAGAUUGCCGAAUCUCGCGAGAACAAACGUGGAAGUUCCGAAGGUUCUACCAACAGUAAAACCGACUCCGAGAGCCAAGAAAACCAAAGUAACCAUAACAACAAUCACAAUAAUCAAAACCACACUGAAAACCAUACCGCUGGACAUGGACACAGUCACUCGCAUCCAAAGGAAAUCGACAGUUCAACCAAGAUUGCUUCGUUAGCGUGGAUGGUGAUCGUUGGCGACGGUUUUCAUAAUUUGGCUGACGGUUUGGCCGUAGGAGCUGCCUUUUCUGCUUCGUUCACAAGCGGACUGUCAACAGCUGUUGCUGUAUUUUGCCAUGAAUUGCCACACGAGUUAGGCGAUUUUGCCGUUUUGGUUAAAGCCGGUAUGACUGUCAAGCAAGCCAUUACGUACAACAUGGUCUCUGCUGUUAUCGCAUUCUUAGGCAUGGUUAUUGGAAUACUUAUUGGCAGUAAUGAAUCUUCUAUAGUCUGGGUGCUUGCUCUCACCGCUGGAAUGUUCCUUUAUAUAUCUCUUGUGGACAUGCUUCCGGAGCUGUGUACUCAGCUAGCCGAGGAGGACUUCAGAACUGGCCUAUGGACAUUCUUCUAUCAAAAUCUGGGUAUUCUAUGCGGAGUUCUCAUCAUGUAUCUUAUAUCGUUAAUGGAGUGAGGUGCCGUCAUACAGCACAAGAAACUAUGAUGUGAUCCCUGUCAUAAUAUCAUUUAAUAGAGGAAAAUCUUUUUGGAUUAAAACGUCGAACUCUUAAAUUUGCGAGAUAGGAAAACUUUGGAAAAAUAGAAACUAUAGCAAAUUAUUCGAUGCCAAUUGCUUCGGGUUUUUACCCGAAAUGUUUGAGUGUCUUCUGAUGGUAUUCUGCGAAUACUAGAAAAUAUCUGGGAAACUCGGGAGUUUCCGGUCACGUACGAUGGAAUACGCGGACUGAGAAUUUUGGAAUGUUAAUAAUAAUUAAUGUACUUAAAUAUAUUUUUCCUGAUAAACACCAUCAGUAAUUAUGGAGUAGCUAUAGUUUUAUACUUAAAUGAAUCGAACUAUUAUUGCACAAGUUGCGUCAUGUACAUAGUUUGGAGCAGUCGCUAUAACGUCAAAAUAGGACGUAAACUGGUUCCGUCUGCAUUUUUUUCUAGUUGUUUGCGAAUUGAUUUGAAGUUUAAUUUUUUCGCAGCGAUUGCAAUGUAUGUAUAUGUAAUAUAGACACUCAUUACUGUCCAUUUUCAUAGGAAUAUUUGGUGAUGUUAUAUAUAUACAGUAUAUAAUUAGUUGUGUGUCAGUGUCAGGACAUGAAAAUGUCGAGGACAAAAAGCCUGGGGCCGGUUGUACGAAGUUAAUUAUACCGGAUGAUUACGUCGCUCUAAAAUUGCACGUAAGCUGGUAGGGCACAGUUGGUACAUAAGUAUUUUCAGCUUCAGUUUUAUUGUAUUGUGACUGCAUGGGUAAAUAUCUGUGGUUUUAAUCCCUUUUUAGACAUUUUUUUCAUUUUACAACGGUUCUGGAAACGUCAUCCAACCUUCGUGCAAACGGUCACUGGUUUUCAUUUGUAACUGUGUUGUACUGUUUUGAAUAGGUCAUGUUCAAAGCUUCUUAGCUACUAAUAACGUUAAAUCGAAGCAAAGAGAAGCGUAUGAUUCUGUGCGCAUGAUUCUGUUGUUUUGCGUACUUCUUUAAAAAUUUCUGUAUGUUUCCAUUGAAUUUUAGAGUAUUAGAUUACAUCUGCUGGUCAAUGUCAGAGAAA